AAGUUAGUUAUUAAAAUGCUGGCAGUAUUUAGGGAGGUUCUGAAAUGAAGGGCAGCACAAGAUACCUGUGCUGCCUCAGAAAAUUUCAAGGUUAUCUUUUUCUAUAUAAUCCUUGUGUGGAUUCUUCUGAAGAGGUUCACAGAAGACACAUCAGGUUUUUAAUUGACUAACGACAAAGAGAGGCACACAACAGUCCCCAUCCUCGUCUUCCAGGCGAAAUGGUUGAACCUGUAGGCAACCACUAUAUCGUAGCCAGACCAGUGUACUCGGAGAACUCGUUUGAUGAAGAGCAUGAGAAAUUGCACAGAUACCAUAAAAACUUUUGGGAUAACCUGAAACUGUAUUUUCGUUGCUCCCGGCAAAAGGCCAAAAGAAUUGCCUUGCGUUUUUUUCCCAUCGUCUCAUGGCUGCCGGCGUACCGCUUCAGGGAGUGGAUCCUCAGCGAUAUCAUCUCCGGCAUUAACACAGGGCUGGUGUCCGUGCUGCAAGGUCUUGCGUUCGCCUUGCUGGUGAAUGUCCCUCCUGGUUAUGGGCUCUACGCAGCAUUCUUCCCAGUCCUGGUCUAUUUUAUCUUCGGCACAUCCCGGCACAUCUCAGUGGGUCCCUUCCCUGUCCUGAGCCUGAUGGUGGGAGGAGUUGUCGUCAGGCUGGUCCCCGAUAGUACUGUAAAUGACACUUCCACCAACACCUCAAUCAUAGAUCAAGAGCGGGUGAUGGUAGCUGCAUCUGUAACCUUCCUUGCUGGGAUCAUCCAGUUGCUUCUGGGAAUUAUCCAGUUUGGAUUCAUCGUCAUUUAUUUAUCACAUUCAUUAAUCAGUGGUUUCACAACUGCUGCAGCCAUCCAUGUUCUGGUGUCCCAGCUGAAGUUCAUGCUUCAGCUGUCUGUCCCUGGAUAUAAUGUACCAUUUGGCAUCAUCUAUACUCUGGAGAGUGUGUUCAGCCAGAUCAAAGACACAAACAUCGCCGACCUCCUCACCUCCCUUCUUGUCCUGCUGAUCGUGUUUGUGGUGAAAGAGUUGAACGACCGCUACAAAGCGAAGUUACCAGCUCCCAUCCCCAUCGAGCUGAUUGUGACAGUCUUAGCAGCACUGAUUUCCCAUUUUCUCGAAUUUGAAAAAAGAUUUAAUGUAGCUGUUGUUGGAAAGCUAGAAGAAGGAUUUCAAGCUCCUGUUGCACCUGAUAUAGGCAUCCUCCAGAAGUGUAUCGGUGACAGCAUUUCCAUUGCAAUCGUUGCGUUUGCAGUAGCCUUCUCCGUGGCUAAAGUGUAUUCCAUCAAGCACGACUACCCGAUAGAUGGCAACCAGGAACUAAUUGCUUUUGGACUGGGUAAUAUCGUUGGUGGAGCAUUCAAAGGAUUUGCCUCCAGUACAGCUUUGUCAAGAUCAGGUGUGCAGGAGAGCACAGGAGGCAAAACACAGAUUGCUGGUAUUAUCUCAGCAUUCAUCGUCUUGAUUGUCAUCUUGGCCAUCGGGUUUCUCCUGGAACCAUUACAGAAGUCAGUCCUCGCAGCUUUGGCUCUGGGCAACUUGAAAGGAAUGCUCAUGCAAUUCAAGGAAGUGGGCGUCCUGUGGAGGAAGGACAAAUAUGACUGUGUGAUCUGGGUGGUGACUUUCUUAGCCGCCGUUUUCCUUGGCCUGGAUAUUGGGCUGGCAACUGCCGUGGCUUUUGAGCUGCUGACCGUGGUGAUCCGCUCCCAGUUCCCGAGCUGCACCAUUUUGGCCAACGUUGGGAGAAGUAACAUCUACAGGAACAGGAAGGAUUACACUGACAUCUAUGAGCCAGAGGGAGUGAAGAUUUUCAGAUGCUCAUCUCCUAUCUUCUUUGCUAAUAUUGAAUUCUUCAAAGAGAAACUCAUCACUGCUGUUGGCUUCAACCCGCUUAGAAUCCUGAGGAAACGCAAUAAGGCUCUGCGGAAAAUCAGAAAGAUGCUGAAGAAAGGAGAGCUUCAAGUGACACCUAAAGGCUUCAUUUGCAUGGCUAACCAAACGCACGAGUCCGAUGAAGAGUUAGACAACAACAGGAUAGAGGAGCUGGACCAGCCCACCAGCAUGACAGACCUGCCCAUUCGGAUCGACUGGAGCUCCGACCUGCCGCCUGGCAUCACCGUGCCCCACGUCAACAUCCACAGCAUUGUGCUGGAUUUCUCAGCAGUCUCCUUCCUUGAUUUUUCUGCCAUGAGAGUCCUUCAAAAGACUUUGAAAGAAUUUAUCCGGAUCGACAUCGACAUUUACAUUGCAGGGGCACACGAGGGCUUCCUGGAGAAGCUGGAGAGGUGUGAGUUUUUUGAUGAGGAGAUUAAGCCGUCCAUGUUUUUCCUCUCCAUUCAUGAUGCAGUUUUACACAUCUUGCUGAAGAAGGAUACAGCCCCCAAAUUAAAGCUCACUGAGAAGGGUACCAGCAAAGACUAUAUCAUCAAUACCAGCAAUGGGCUACGCAGCCGGGAGAACACGAAUCCAGCAGAAACAAAAUUUUAGAUUCAGUUUUGUAAGUAGAAUAUCCUCCAGCAGCACAGCAUCACUUACAGAAGAUGAAUACAGAUGCAGCGAGGAACACAAAGACUGAUGGACGCUUUCAUAUACCCUAAGAGGGAUUUACUUCACAUGAUUAUGGUCCAAGUUCUGGAAUGGGCUCGUUAGUCUUUACGUGUCUCUGUAAAUAUAGAGAUGUAUUUAUGUACAUACGUGGAGGCUAUAAUCACCUGGAUUUUCCUAUUUCAUACCCUGCUGACAACCUACCCACGCAGCUGAAGAAGCAAGUAAUGUUAGCCCUAUUUGCAUAUACUUGUACAUACAUCUAUGUUACUCUGACAGUUUGUAGACAGCUUGUACAGUUACUAGAGAAUAUAUAAAUAUUUGAAAUCUUGUAAUUUAUAACAGUCUAAUAGUUGAGAGAGAGAUUUUAUCUCCAGCUUGUAUAUAACUUGUAUAUAGUUUUCAUUAUGGUUUACAAGAUACCUGGUAGAUUGGGUUAUUAAACUUAUUUUCAGCUCACUACUGCA